UGAAAGAUUAGAGUUUUUUGGUCGAUCCGUACGGUAGCUACUUACUUGAAAAUAAAUUUUAUUAUAAAUGAAAUACAAGUGACCUCGUGAUAAUGUAAAUAAUUGUUUUUUUUUUUAUUUUUUAUUAAAUAUAUAAGCUGUCUCUCGAUGGUUUUUUAUCUUGCAUACUUAUACAUAACCUACUGAGCACAACAUUAAUAAAUAAGAAUGUGUAGAUAAAGUACUAUUUUUACAAGAAUUUUCGUGUAAGAAGAGAACAAUGUUAGAUAGGCCAAGUCGAGUAUAUUAUGCCUCGAAAGGAAAAUACGAAAGCCAAGACAUGGGAAAGAGACAGAAGAAAUCGCAUGAAUGGUUAUUUCAAAAAUUUGUCAGAUCUUUUACCUCCUCUUUUAGAAGGUCGCAAGAGAAAUAAAAUUGACAUACUUAUCCAUGCAUCUAAGUACAUCAAAGAUCUGCAAAGUAAAACUGACGAAUUGUUCAAUACUCAAGCAUCAGAUCUUCACAGAGAAGAAUUGACUCGUUUGAAAAGACUUGUAACUCAACUCAUAUCUAGAACUCACUUGCUUUCUGAACUUUUGAAAAAUGCAGGCAUCAGCAUUCCAGAAGAACCUGCUUUGGAAAAAAUUUCACCACUCAAGUGGUCCAAUAGAAUCAAUGUCUCACCUGGUUCUAGAAUCGUUACCCAAGUGGAAACAAAUAAAGAAGAAAAAAAGAAAAAAGAGAAAAAGGGAAGAAACGUUAAAAGUUUAAAAAUUAACAAUAAGAAAAAAUUGCUCAAGAAUAAAAAAAUUGAAGAGUUACCCGAUCGUAAUAAAUACGUUUCUGAGGAAAGUACCAGUGAAAAUCAAGAAAACGAUAUUAAUAGCGGUUCUAGUGAAAAAUCAGAAAAAAAUGAUGACUCAGUUUUGCCUAGUAAAAAUUCGACUAAUGAUGGUUUGACAAGCGGAAAAUCUUUCACAUCUACCACAAAAAAACAAAACAAGGUGAAAUUGAACAAGAAAAAUAAACAAAUGAAACAACUAAUUACUCGAGAUGUCAUGGAGAUAAAUAAUCCAUUAUCAGGUACUCUAUUGCUCUCAAAAGGUAAAUUAAUGCCUCUAGUAACACCUAUGCAAAGUUUACCAUCAAACCUGUUUGUCAAUGCUCAAACUUGUCCUGCCAAUUCCAUUAUUUUAAAUAGUCCACAACAAGGUCAAAUGAUUGUGGUUCAGCCGUUUCAAACGGUUAGUUCAGUGCAAACAAUGACAAUGAAUGACGUGCCAAGUAUUCAAACGAAUGUGCUAGUGAACCCGCAAGAUUGGGCAAAAAAUGUAAAAACAAUUAUUAAUUCUAGUAAAAUUGGAGGUACUAAGGGGAUUUUACCUAAAAUACGAGAAGUUACUGAAACAACCAUGACAUACAAAGUUCCCAUACCGGCAAUUCAUAAAGAAAAAAUCGACGGUAAUGGUGCUAACAAAGCCAUGUCUUUAAACGAAAAAUCAGUAAGAUCGAAAAAUGCCGUAAAAACAACGAAAUCAAAUGAAACGUCUGUAACAAAAGAUCAAAAAGUUGCGAAAAAUACCAAAGAAAACGCUUUAAAUAGUAAUAAUACCUCGUGCAAAGUUACAAACAGUGAAUCGAUAAAACGAAACUUGAAUUCUAGUUGUAGUCACGUUGGUGAAAGUAAAAAGAAAAAACUAAAACCUAACGAGAAUGAAAAGAAAGCAAAUGUUGAGGAACAAAAAAAUGUACAGUAUAACAAUACUGUAUCGUGUAAGUCGAUUGAGAAUUUAAAGCAAGUUGUCGAAAAGAUUGGCGAAAAUUCAUCUUUUACUAAAUUACAAUCAAAGGAUCAAACUGUUAGCAAUUUAGAAACUUUAUCGGAAAAAGAAAAAAUCAGCUCGUCAAAUGAAUCAAACGACAUUUCGUUGGCUUGUGGUAACUGUAAAGAAGAAAAACUGUGCAUUGAAAAGUCGUCAAAUUCAAACGCUCUUGAGAAUGUUGAAAAGUUUUCUGGAAAUGUAAAAACUAAUGAAGAAGUACUAACAAUAGACGACGUCGAUAAAAAACAACCUUCGAGUUUAAUGGAAAUUGAAACUCGGAUCGAUAAAUUAAUUUCUAAUAUCGAAACAAAUGACCAACAAUUGUCAAGUGAGACUAAUAAUCAUAAAUGUGAGAGCGUUGCUGCUCAAACUAACAAUACAUUAGAUAAUAGUUCAAAAUCUGUUGAAGCGAUAAUGUACGAAACAGCGAUUCCACCUGAAAGUAACAAAGUUUUUCUAAAUUUAGACACCAACACGACAACUACAAUGAAACUGGAUUCUACCGAAGAUAAAAACGAAGCAUUGCAUGUGUCUAACACUCUGUCAGUAAAACUGUCCAAAGAAGAUGAAUCGGUUCAAACGAAAAAAAAUUUAAAAGAUAAUCACAACGUAAUUACUCACGCAACAAAAACAAUUGCGUAUAGUCCUAACAAUAGUUUCAUACCGAUAAACCAUAAAAACGACUCGUUACACUCCGACUUAUCAAAUGAUAUUUUUGCAUCGCUUCACGUACCUUCGAGUUCCAAUAAUUCAGAGUCAAUAUCUCCAACAGCUGCAUUUUUAAUGGCUUUUCCAAUUGUAUCGUCCAUUAGCGGAAAGACGGAAGUACUUGAUGACGAUAUGAAAGAUGAGUUUAAGUACAGCAGUCAAACACCACCAAUGUUGCUACAAAUCGGCGCUAUAGAACCAAAUAAUUUCAAGAUCCAUUCGAAACAUUCGUCGAGUGAUCGAAACGUUGUGGAAACAGGUGUUCCUGAAGGAACCGAUGCAUCCGAUUCGUCAUCUCUGGUUAAACUUGAUGCAACCAACCAAGUACUAAAUACCAGUGGUAAUAAUGUUGUGAGCUCAGCACCUGUUGUAGAAACAUCUUUGGUUGCACCAAAAGCUCUUCCCAGAGUUAUUAGCGAUCAAACUUUCACAGAGCCUUUUAAAAUUGUUUCUGUACCUUUGGAGCAACAGCUGAAUGAUAAACAACUCACUGGUCAAGUUAGCAACAAUCUUGAAAGUGUAACAUCUGCUCCAAGUAGUGAAAAUAAUGACGAUCCAUCCUCUACCGGUAAAGUCGACAACUCAAGUUUGACUCAAUCUCUAAAGACUUCAGAAGUAUCAAAUUGUAUUGAUAAGACGACUGAUACUAAACUCCAAAAUUAUUCAUUAGAAGGUAAGUCAGAUGUCGAUUAUAGUUAUGCAAAAGACGUAUCUUUACCAACUGCACCCCACGAUCCGAUGGAAAAUGCGAUGAUAAACAAAUAUGUUUCGACGACUUCGCUAUCAACCACGGAAACUUUAGGCAAGUAUCACGAUACCGUUUCACAGUACGUGACUCAAGAUUGCCAACCUCCUGUAUCCAGCUGCACGAGUGCAAAGGAAGUGAGUGCCGAUCGCAUUUGUGGUCAAUUCAAUUUUGGAUGUCAGACUUCCAGUGAUAUUCCUUCCCAUAGGGAUGAUCUCUCCAAACUUCAAAUUUGUACGAUGGAUGAUUUUGCGGAACAAGGUGUCGUGAAUUCCUCACAAAAUAAAAAAAAUCCAACACCAUCAUUUUCAACUUUACCAUCCUCUCAAACCGCGGAUUCCGGAUCAUUGACCACAAAUCAAAUUCAAGAGGCAAAUUCAAUUACGUGUCAACAAAAACAAUUUUCCAAAGUUCAUUUAGCUGAAUACACGAGCAACACUGAAAAUUUUGAUUCCUCGAAAAAGCUUGAAAACCAGAAAAAUUAUAAUAAUACUAAUAAUGGUAACGAUAUUAUCCAAAAUAAAAUUGACAAUAAAAACAAUGAUGAUAAUAAUAGCAGCAACAGCAGUCAUAACAGUUUGGAUAAGAACAUUCAUCCAAAGAACAAUGAUCUUCCCAACUCGGAUUCCUUUAAUGACAUUUGUGGUGACAUUUCAAACAAAAUAAAUAAAAAAGACACAACUGCUUCUUUGCAAGCCAAUCAGACAACAGAAAGAAAUGUUCUUUCAAACAACAACAACAACAACAACGGUAAUGUGAAUAGUAGCAGAUCUAGUAACACAUUUUCCCAACAGCCAGAAACAUUUGUCAAUACCUCGACGAAUUACGAAGACACGAGUAGGUCAACGACUACCGUAGCAAACAACUCAAACUUCAGUAUAUUGUCUUGGACCAUGCUCUCUUCGCCACUCAACAAUAACAACAACAGUACGAGUUUUCCACAGUACGAGCAAAUUCCAUCUUCUAGCACCACCAAUAAUUUAUCAUUAUCUUCCGAUCAAGUUUCAAAAGUUGCUUGUGACAACUACAAUUAUCUCUCUUUGGCAAAGGACAACGUACCUGCAGGCAAUGUCGAUGCUUUGACCCAAACGACAUUCUCCGUCGUGGAUUCCCAAUUGCCUGUCUUCGACAAGUCCAAAGUCAAAUUUCCGCUCGACGCAUCGAAACGAUCGCAGAGUGACUUGACCAAUAAAUCAAGGAGUAUGCGAACGCUGCAAGCUACAUCGAUAAACAAUAAAUCAAAUCGCUCUUACAAUCAGCAAUCUGCAGUUUCAACUGAAACGUACAAGUUUUCCAUGGAUAACAAGAACAAAUAUAAAUAUCCGAUGGACGUUGACUACUCAGCAAAUAACUAUUCCAUUGGUGGAAUGGGCGAUCUCCACCAGCAACACCAGCACAAUCAAAAUCAGCAUCAAAGUCAACAACAUCUCGAGUCUUCAAUCACGAAGCCCGGUACGUUAAGUCAAUCUUCGUCGCAUCAGUCUGUAAAACCCAAUCCAAAUAAGUCCAGUACAAAUUUUACGGUCACGGAUUUCGAGACUCAUGCUAACUUCUCGAUAGACGGCAGCGACGUGUCAAACAGAUUUUCAACCAGUCAAAAUUCUUAUUCGACAACGAAUUUCAAAUACGCGGAAAAAACAUUACAAGCGCAGCCAAAAUAUCAAGUUAAUCAGCAACAAUCGGCGCCGAUGUUGCAUCAUUCGCAAGAGAAUUCAAUGUACAAAAAUAAAAUCCAGCAAGUGCAACAGCAGCAACAACAGCCCCACUCCAACCAAGGCAAAGCUAAAGUCGAUUUGAGCAGUCAAGUUCAGACUCAGCAGCAGCAACAACAACAACAACAACAAUUGCAACAACAACAAACACUCCAUCAACAUCAACAGCAACAACAACAACAACAACAACAACAACAACAGACUCAAUUGGUAAGGCCUCCGGUCAACUGGAUGAUGACACCCGACGUCAAGCACAACCUGAACGUCGAUAUUAUUCUGCCGCCUUUUGGGAAAGAGCUGGAAUUUUGUCAAAACAAUUUGUUCUCUCAAACGUCAAAUUACAACCAGAGCAGCUCGAACCAUCAAUUUUACGGUAAUUACGAAAUGAACGGCAGCCAUGGUCUGCCAAACAUAUCGGUACUACCCGCCGAGACGAGGAAGACCACGGAUGCGACUUACUACUCAGAGGACCAGCAGUUCUCGUGGUCACCAACGAAAAAUCUCGCCCAGUCGAGCGAACAAAGUCAAGUCAAGAGCUCAUCGUCCGGCGAAACGAUACCGACUCUCGUUGCCGAUCUCGCUCUCAGCGCCAAUACCCCGACGACCGAUAAACAACAGAAUUUCUCGUAUCCCCAAACGGCGACUUUACGAGCGAACGAGCUUAGAAAGGACUCGCUCAGAGGCAAAGAUUCCACUCGUGAUUAUCAAAGUCAAAUCAAUCUGCAGAACAAUUCAUCGCACAGCAUGGCGUUUUUGUCGGUCAGCCAGCUCGUUGAGCACGAGAAUAAGGUUGAAAAGAGCCAACAGCAUCAGCAGGUACACCUUCAUCAGCCAACUCACUCCCAUCAUCAGAUUCAUCAUCACCAUCACCAGCAACAGCAGCAGCAACAUCAACAACAACAACAACAACAACAGCAGCCCUCGCGUAAACAACGAAAAAGUAGCAGUAGCCCGCGAGCAAGUAGUAAAAGGCAAAUGGACAUGAGGCACAAGCAACAACAACAACAACAGCAGCAGCAGCAGCAACAGCAGUCGACUAGCAACGAGCAAGUUCAUCGUCAACACGACGAUGCGAAAGCAAAUUCUAGUUUUGCCGAUCUUACCAAUAGUUAUCAACCGCAGCCUCAUCAGCAGCAACAACAGCAACAACAACCAAAGUACAAUCAACAAAACGAGGUUCAGUGGAGAAGUAGAAAUUGUAAGAGUAAUUACACGGCCGAAGCUUUGAUAGGUCCAUCGGAUACAAAUAGUCACGUGGACAAGGGCACAUCCAAGUUCCCGAAUUACGUGCAAAACAAGUUCACGGGCAACUUGGCGACUAUGCCUCCUUCGGACGCGAGCAUGUCCUUCAAUUAUUUUCCCAAUGUGGACGAGACGAGCACGACUGCUGGGUAUGGACAAGUCGUCAACCAGAACUUUAAUCAUCCGUAUGCCUAUUCCUCCAACGCCAACAUAUACCCAACGAGCAAUUUCAUUGGCAACAUUCCGGGCAAUGCUUCGGGCAACUACAUGAUGUCGUUGCACGAUAAUGUAGCUGCAGAUUAUCUCGAGACCAACAACUUUUUGCUGGUAACCAACGCUCCGUCGUCGACGUCAACGUUGACGACGUCGACGGCACCUCUUCUGCAGAGUAGCAACGUGGCCGAGACGAAGAGUCAACAGCAGCAGCAGCAAAUUCAGCCGCAACACCAUCACAACCACCACCAUAGUAUUUCUCAUCACCACGGUAAUCAUCAUCAACAGCAACAGCCGCAGCAUUCACAGCAGCACCAGCAACACCACCAACAGCAACAGCAGCAGCAGCAGUCGUACGCCUCGAGUAAGCAACAAGGCUGCUCCGACAAGAGGAUGUAUUUUGGCCAGACGCCGUUACAGCAUCAGCAACAACAGCAGCAGCAACAGCCACAACAACAACAACAGUCGAGGAAGAGCAAACGGAGGCCCGAACUCACUAACACUGCUGGCGCGGUACAGGGUCUGGAUUUUCCACCUCUGGACGAAUAUCAGCAUGCCCCGAAUUACUUGGCGCCGCCAAAUUCCCUCUAUGGGAAUCAGUAUGGUAAAACGACAUUGUCCGGACCACCACCACCUCCACCGACGGUUCCAAUGAUGUCCUCCUCGACGUCAACCUCUGCUACAGUGCCUACAAGUAGUACCGCGAGCUCAUUGGGGACCAACGCCAUGAUUAUGGCACAGCAACAGCAGCACCAGCAGCUCCAACACAAUCAUCAUCACCACCACCCGCCUGGCACCACUAGUCUUACGAACUUCAACCUCAGUACCAUUUUUCCAGAGAUCAAUGAUAAGGUUCAAGUUUCGGGUUACAAGUCGUCAUCAAACGGGAUGGCGUCAAGUGGAACACAACCAGCGAGCAGUCACGCAUCCAACAGCAACUUUUCGCAUCGAAACAAUUACACAGAUCCACUGGGUCAAAUGGUCAAUCGGCAUUGAGGUUUUUCCAUAAAAAAAAUAAAUCGGCACUCGACCUCGACUCGGACACAUCAGACUCAUAAUGUACCAUAGCAACAUUAUUGUCGAUCGAUUGCCUUUAGUUAAUUAAACUUUAUUUAUCAUCCAGCAUCACUACAGGUGUUGCAAGUGAUUUGUAAAAAUUGUACAUAAAAAUUAUUACAUUGUAAGUAAAUA